AUGUGUCGUACUUGUCUGCCACAUUUGGUGACUAUAAAAGGUAAUAUUAUAAAUACAGCUUCAAUAGCUGCUUUACAUGAUCAUCCUUUGAUAUCAAUAUAUGGAGGAGUAACAUCAGGUUGUAUUGAUACUUCAAUGAAUAAGAAUGUUCGAUUACCAUUAGAUAUAAAUAAUCAUUUAUUUGAUAAUUUAAAAAUGCCCAGUAGACAGUUUGGUAAAACAGAAGAUGUAACUAGUGUUAUAGCUAUGCUUGCAUCUCAAGAUGGAUGUUUUAUUAAUGGUGAUGUUAUUGAUGUUCUUUUGUUUUAA